UUGCUUUAGAAGCUGAAGUCCUAGCUGUAGCUGUCAGUACGAAAUUAUAUUUUUAUUCUAACGUAAAGCGUUUUAAUAAAUUAUAAAUAGAACAUCAUCUUAUAAACUAACAUCGUUCUCAAAAUGCCUAAAGCAGCUCCCAAGAAGAAAGCCGCGAAUGGCUACAAACUCCCAGAACCGUUUACGGAGGGUGAAGUUCUCGAAGAUGUAGCCAAGAAAAAGUGGAUUUUGGGGCCGUCAAUAGGACAAGGAGGGUUCGGUGAAAUAUAUGCGGCAAAGGAAUUCGGCAGUAAAGACUCAAAGUAUCCGUAUGCUAUAAAAAUUGAAAAUCAUGAAAAUGGACCUCUCUUCGUGGAGAUGCACUUUUAUAUAAAAAAUGGAAAACCAGAAGAUGUGGAAGAAUUCAAAAAUCAAAAAGGGUUGAAAACAUUUGGAAUGCCAGUGUAUCAUGGAUCUGGAUCUCACGAAUUGAAUGGUGAGAAGUAUCGAUUUCUUGUAAUGGAGAAAUUUGGUACAGAUCUGUGGAAGACUUUUUUGGAACACGACAGGCAUUUCCCAUCUGCAACAGUGUUCAAACUAGCAGUUCAACUGCUGGACGUUUUAGAAUACAUUCACAGCAAGGGCUACGUACAUUCUGAUAUUAAAGGAUCUAACAUUCUGAUGGGAGUUACGAAGGCUACCCAAAACAAGCAAGUGUACUUGGCAGAUUUUGGCAUAUCAUGCAAAUCUAAUGAAGAAGAAGAGCUUAAACCUAACCCCAAGAAAGCUCAUGAUGGUACAAUUGAAUAUUUAAGUAGAGAUGCUCAUAGUGGAGUUCAAACCAAACGUGGUGAUUUGGAAACCCUAGCAUAUAAUUUGAUUCAAUGGCUUGGAUGCACUUUGCCAUGGGAAAAUGAUUUGAAGGAUCCUGAAAGUGUUCAAAAAUCUAAAGAAGAAUAUAUGGCCAGUGUGCCUAAAUUCAUCAAAGCUUGUUUUGACAAAAGAUCGCCACCAGGUCCUAUUGUCGACUUUUUAAAUUGCCUCGUAUCGUUGGAACACAAUUCUACACCUGACUACAAGACCAUCAGAAAAAUAUUUUUAUCGGGUAUAACUGGUGGAGAUGCUCUUGGAAAACCAUUCCAGUUUGUUGUACCUGAGAGCAAAUCACCCAAGACUUCUCCAGCUAAGAGGAAAAACGAAAAUUCAGCGGCUUCGUCUAAGAAAAAAGUUCCCAAACUAGAUCUCGAAGAAGAUGCAUCCGAGGAGGAGAAAGAAAAUUUAGAUGACUUAUCCGAUGAAGAAGAGGUUCCUAAGAAGGCGAAAGGUAGAUCAAAGGGUAGACCGAAAGGCAAAAACGUCAAUACAGCUCCAAAAGAAAAGAAGAAAGCAGUUGGAAGAAAAAGAGCUAGGAAAACAGAAGAGGAAGAAGAAGACGAUUUAGACUUAGAGAAUAAUGUAGAAAAUGAUGAUGCACACGAUUCAGAUAUUGGUGAUGAUGAAGAGAUUACUAAGAAAGAAGAGAAAAUUGCGGCGCCAAAAGAAAAUAAAAAAACCAGGGGUAGGAAAAAGGCUAAAAAAGAAGUCAACGGAAAAGGACACGACAGGUUAAUUGAUGAAGACAGCGAUGACCAACCAAAACCAGUACCUGAAGUUUCUACCCGAUCUACAAGGCAAAGAGGAUCGAGGACAGUUAAUUACAGAGAAGAUUCAGACGACGAGGAAUUUUACAGAAUACCCAAACCCCGUAUGGCACCCGUGUCAACAGUUAAAGAAGUCACAGGCGAAGAAUCCGAAAUAAGUAGCUCACAAAAGAAAAAAGAAAAGAAAAAGCCGAAAACUAAAAAACCUGUAGAAAAGGAAGAAGAAAUCGAGGAAGAAGUAGAAGAUGAAGAUGAAAAAGAGGAAGAAGUCCAUAUCACAGACGAAGAAUCCGAAACAAGUAGCUCAAAAAAGAAAAAAGAAAAGAAAAAAGCUAAAACUAAAAAACCUGUAGAAGAAAUCGAGGAAGAAGUAGAAGAGGAAGAUGAAAAAGAGGAAGAAGUCCAUAUCACAGACGAAGAAUCCGAAACAAGUAGCUCACAAAAGAAAAAAGAAAAGAAAAAAGCUAAAACUAAAAAACCUGUAGAAGCAAAGGAAGAAAAAAUCGAGGAAGAAGUAGAAGAGGAAGAUGAAAAAGAGGAAGAAGUCCAUAUCACAGGCGAAGAAUCAGAAACAAGUACCUCACAAAAGAAAAAAGAAAAGAAAAAGACGAAAACUAAAAAACCUGUAAAAGAAAAGGAAGAGAACAUCGAGGAAGAAGUAGAAGAGGAAGAUGAAAAAGAGGAAGAAGAUAAAGAGAAAGAUGAAAAAGAUGAAGAUGAAAAAGAGCAAGAAGAAAAAGAGGAAGAAGAAAUGUCCGAUGAAGAUUUGGAAGAUAUUGAUGAUGAAGAUCUAAGAGGAUAACUAAUCUUGUCGUCAUUUGUGAAAGUAACUGUAUUGUGUAUGAAUUUAUAACUUGAUAGACUAAAUAGUUUAGUGUUUUAUUCACCCUUAUAUCAAGGAGAUCUUUAUUUUAUAUACAUUUGGUACAAAUCUGUACAACAGACCGAAAUUAUUGUCAUAUAUCAUUCUUGUUAGGGGAUUACAGUACCAUUUGUAAAUUUCUGUGAGAUACAAAUCGAACUGUGCAUUAUUUUCCUCUUUAAUUUAAAAUGUAUGUUCAUUUCAAACUUCAAUUCAGAGCCCGAAUGCACACAUUGGUGCUUUAGAGAGCAUGAAUUGCUGUCAGACUGUUUUAGUUAUAUUAGUUCUAUUGUUAGGUAGAGAAAGAAGAGAUGUGGCGCAAAAUAACGGGACCGAUUCUCUAAAUCAGUAAGGGGUAAAGUAUGGCCCGCCGAGGGUCCAUAGACAUGGAUAGUAUAAAUAUAGCUUUAACACAAAAUGCAAUUCUCCUUUCUGGCCCUCCUAUAGAAUUUCUUGAACUUUGUGGCCCCCCAUUAAAAAAGUUUGCCCACCACUGCUCUAAAUAAUUUUGUUUUGAUUGAAAUAGUAGUUAUUUUCUUCCCCAACAAUAUGUCGUUACUUUACCACUGUAAUGGUCGAUGAUAAUUCUUCAUUAUUUGAAGAAGUAUUCUUUGUUCAUUUAAAAUUCAUUAUUCGAAAAGUGCUUCAUUAAAUGUCUGUUUAAAUGGUCUAAAGUCUAAAAUAGUGUUCCUUUUGAUACAUAUGUGACUUUGGGAACAGAUAAAGCUCACAUGCUGUUCGGUCAGGCCAGUAGGUAGGAGCGUUUAAUACAUUUUGCACAAAAUAAAAGAAUUGAUGCUGUAAAUAAUGUUUUAAUUUAUUUCAUAGUUUAUUUUCUUCAGCAUGUUACUGUUCCUUUAUCAUUCGAUUUUAUUCGAAAUAGUGAUGGAAAUGUUUUAUGAAGUGUCGUUUCGUGUCUAAAUGGCAAUGUCUGGUUUCUUUUAAUGCAUAUUUGACCUUGAGAACAGAUAAAAAUCAAAUGGUGUUAGGUCAGAUGGGUAGGCCGGAUGGAUUAACACACUGUGUUAAUUUUUUGGCGUAAAAAUGAGACUGGGGCGUACAUUCAUUUCUAGAUACAAUGUCUAAAUUCUUCCCCACUAUUUUUUCAACCCUAAAAUUAAAAUGAAUAAAUUUUUGACUAAGUGCCUUAGUUCAUAGUUUUUAUGAUGAUUCAUGCUUUUUUUGUGGCAUAAUUGUUAAAAUUGACGGACGAGCUCUAUUUUGGCGAUAAUUGGAAUCAUAUGGAAUAUCUUCCUAGAUUUUUUAGCAGGGUUGUUUUAAAUGUCGACUUGAUAAAAAAAAGUAUGGACUGCUCCUAAUAAUUUGGCAAUCUUCUUAAUUGAUAGAAUUGUUCCGAUGGCGGGUGUUAACGGAAUCAAUUAAAAAUAAGUGUAAACAACGAACAGUAAUAUUUAUUUUAUUUUUGGUUAAAAAGCGUGCUUAUUCAUCUCGUAAGAGGGUUGUUUAUUGUUUGAGGACAGCGAAGGGGCGUCUGAACUGCCUGCCUUCCGUGACGAUACUGCAGAGACCAGAACACAGUCAUCAUGUUUGCGGUUUUACAAUAUGGCUAGAAAAGGCAAUAAAUUACUACAUCUGGCGUUUUAAAAGCUCAGAACCUUUCUGUAGUUUUCAGAAAUGUCUUCGAAUGCAUUUCCAAAGUGCGUUGACAUAAGGUCUGAUAAGGUAAUUAAUUUAUGGGGAAUUCAGUUUGUUAAACUGAACACACCAAAAACAUAUGGUUAAGGAUACAUUUCGUUUCGUAAAACUUCUUAGCAUCUGGUUUGUGUAUUAAAUGUGAAUUUUAUAUGACCGUUUUGAGAAAAGUUAUUAAAAAAUAAAAUUAGCAAAAAUAGUAAUUAAAGCGUGUCGACACAGAAUCUUAUCGAAGAUGUUAAUUUAUUUUUUUAGUUUCCUACAUUCUCAUAAGGUCUAUUCGUGCAGCACAUCCUGAACUUGCCCAGAGGGAUAACGCCUGCGCAUUACAAAAAGGUCGAAUUUUUCCCUCUGAACACCCAAUGCGCAGGCGUUCUCCCUCUGGGUAAGUUCUAGAUACAUUCCGGUCAUGCUGCGCGAAUAAGUCUAUAGAGUUAAUUUGUUUAUGUAUUGCCAUCUGUCAAAAUAUGACGUCAUCGCAUUUUUUUAAUAUGACAUGUGAUCCGUCAGUAACAAAUAAUUAUUUCUUGUUUUUAUGGGCAUAAAGAAUGGUACAAGAUUCGAAUUAUUUAUCACAUGUUAUAUGUAUAUUGUCAUGUAAGAAAAAUGGCUAUGGCGUGGUUAUUUUUGACAGAUAUUAAUAAAAAAUACAAGAAUUCUCUCAGAAUAUGGAAAAUAUUAGACUUGACCUGUUCAAGUGUUAAAGGCUAGCACAAAAUAAUUAUUGGAAUUCCGUAUUGUAAUGACAUUGUGCCAAUUGAAAGUGAAUGGUUGCUAGGUUAAAACAGCGCGAUAGAAUCACACAAAAAUCUAGGAAUAUAUAGCGAUACGCUAUAAUUACUAUUUUUGCUAAAUUUUUAAUAACUUUUCUCAAAACGAAAUAACAUUAGUCAUUUAAAAUUCACAUUUAAUAUACAAACCAUAUGCCAACGAGGGCCGUUAAGUUUAAGAAACGAAAUGUAUCCCUAAGCAGAUUAUAUAAAAUUAAUGUUUUUUUCAAGGAAACACUAAUAGAUUUCGAGGCCAGAUUGCCACGCUCUUUAUGUCAACUUAUUAAAAUACAGAAAGGUUCUCAUCUUUUAAAACGCAGAUGUAUUAAUUUAUUGCCUUUCUAGCCAUAUUGUAAAACCGCAAGCAUGGUGACAUAAUAGAGUGUGGUGGUCUCGCAGUAUCAACACACCAGGCUCGCGGUUCAGACACACCCUCGCUAAAACAACAAAACCCUUACAAGAUAAUAAACGAAGCACGCUUGUUUACCCAAAAAUAAAUAAGUAUAUUAUUGACAAUUGUUUGCGUUUUAAUUAAUAUUAUUCUAUAUAAUUGUUUCCGUCAACACACCCACCAACGGAAUAAAUAAAAUAUACUAAGUGGCAUAAGUCAAAUGAUGUAUUGCUUGCCAUAUGAUCCUAUUUAAUUUAUUCUUACAAAAUGACGCAUGUCUGCUAGUUCUGACGAUUACGUUACUCAAAAUUCCUAAAAACCAUGAAAAGGUGCCUUAGAAACUUGAAAUUUCAUGUUUGUUGCAUUUUUGAGACACUAAAAAUGAUUUCGACAAAACAGAAUCGUCUGCAAAGGGCAUGGGACAGAGCGAAAGUACUUAUCUGCAAAAGUGGAUGGGCACAAGUGAAAAGAGAAGACUUUACAUAGUACUUCCGUAGAGACAUUAGUGGUUAUUUUGUUGAUACAUCUCGUUUACAAAGGGUACGCCCGUUAAGAUAGACAAAAUGGCUUCACUCCCAGAAUCCUGGGUGUGAGGGUAUUUUGCCUAUCUAAAUAGGGGGUACACUUUUCUCUCAUGACCUAUAAUCUAAUCACAGCUAAGAGAAAACGCGCCUAAACAAUUACACGUGAACAAAGAUGAGGUACUACUAGGUAGGCGAGCGGCAGCAACCCCUAAAAUUACGUUAUACCAACCACGAAAAUCAACUUUAAGGUGAAUGACCAAUUUUUUGUCAUUCUUUAUGUUUUCGAGGUCGCGAAUCCGAAUAUGAAGUUUAUUUUUAUCUAGAAUUGGUGGAACAUGUUCAAAAAUCAAAUUUUAUGCAAACAUUCAAUUUUGAUGAAUUUUCCAAUUUUCCUCACUGUAUCUUUGGUCGCCGUAAAUAUUUCCUUUUGAAAAUUUAACUGUGUCAUUACUGAAGUAUCUAGGUAACAAUGAGAUUUCUCCAAAAUAUUUAGACAAAUUAAAAGAGGAGUUGUUAAUUUUUAAACAUUUUGUCGUCAGAUUUCGUCAGUUUCAUGUUUACUUAAAAAGUUAAGUGACAUUCAUGAAGGAGUUUUCUGGAAAACUUUAAGUCAAAAUAGGCAAUAGGAAAAAAGUUAUGUGACCUUACAGACGAGCGGCACACCCUAAAAAACGCUUAUUUCUCGAGAUACUGACCACGGUGUGGUGAAUGGCUAAUUUUGAUUAUACUUUAUGUUUUUGGUGGUGUUAAAAACAUAAAUUAGGUUUAUUUUGAAUUUUACAUGGGGAAACAUUGUCAAAGUUGCAAUUUUACCCUAAAAAUAAAAAAAAGAAAUCCCCUUUUUUACCUUUAACGCGCCACAACUCUGUUCCAUUUUAAUAUGUUUUUCUGAAAUUGUUACACCAUAUAUCUCUUACCUUUCUUGAGACAAUGGGACCUGUUUCAAUCUCCCUGUUUUAUUAUAAUAAAAGUUAUGAAUUGUAAGUAAAAAAGGUGCAGAUUCCUGAAUUGCAAAGUUUAAUCGUAAAAGUUGAGUCACAAAAUUUGAAAUCUAGCUUUUUAAUUAAGUUUAUAUUAAAACAUAGAGCAUAAAGAAUAAAAUUUUUUAUAGAAAAAAAAUGGUGCAUAUUUUAAUUGCGUAAAAUUGCGAUUUUGACAAUGUUCCCCCAUUUAAAAUUCAAAAUAAACCUCAUUCUCGUUUUUAGCACCAUCAAAAACAGAAUUUGAUCAAAAUUAGCCAUUCACCACACCGUGAUCAGUAUUUCGAGAAAUAAGCAUUUUUUGGGGGAGUGCCACUCGUCUAUAAAGUCACAUAACUUUUUUCCUAUUGCAUAUUUUGACUUGUAAUUUUCCAGAAAACUUCUGAAAAUUUGUAAUGCUGUGUUGAUUAAAAUUACAAACUAAAAAGUUUGUCACCCAACUUUUUUAAGUAAACAUGAAACUAACGAAAUCUGACGACAAAUUGUUUAAAAAUUAUUAGCUUCUCUUUUCAUUUGUUUAAACAUAUGGAACAAAUCUCUUUGGUAUCUAAAUUCUUUAAAGAUGAUACAGUAAAAUUAUCAAAAGGAAAUACUUACAGAGACCAAAGAUGCAGCAAGGUAAAUAUAAAAAAUCAUAAACAUUAAUUCUUCGCAUUUUUGCAUAAAAUUUGAUUUUUGAACAUGUUCCACCAACUCUAGAUAAAAAUAAA